UAUACGUUCUGCGUUCCCCGUACAAUGUGGUGUCUUCGUGCCGCAGAGUGCAGAUCAAUAUAUCGUACGAAUCUACCUAAUAAUAUUCUGUUGUGUCGCAUACAAUGUUAACUUUACGCUAAUCGCUUACAAUAUAACAUAAUAUACUGUAAGAUAGGUACCUACACGCUGUCUAAGAACGUGCCUAUGCUGGCGUAUAUUAUAAUAUAUAGGUAAUACUGUCACCGACGCAAAGACAUAUCAACAGAACACUGCUAUAUUCACGCCACGUGUGUUCAUGAAGAAAUGACAAUAAACCAACAUGAACAGAUACAUGACUCUGAAUCAGCUUGGAGACGGCACGUAUGGAUCAGUCGUGUUGGGACAAAACAUCGAUACAGGAGAAAAGGUGGCCAUUAAGAGAAUGAAAAGAAAAUAUUAUUCUUGGGAUGAAGCAAUGAAUUUGAGAGAAGUUAAGUCUUUGAAAAAAUUAAAUCAUGCUAAUUUAAUAAAGCUGAGAGAAGUCAUAAGAGAAAACGAUACACUCUACUUUGUAUUCGAAUAUAUGAAAGAAAAUCUUUAUCAGCUUAUGCGGAGUCAGAGUAAAUUUUUUCCCGAACAGUCCAUCAGAAAUAUACUUUAUCAGAUAUUGCAAGGAUUGGCGUUCAUGCACAGGCACGGUUUCUUCCACCGGGACAUGAAGCCGGAGAACCUACUGUGCUGCGGUCCCGAGCUUGUCAAAAUCGCCGAUUUUGGUUUGGCCAGGGAGACUCGGUCGCGCCCCCCGUACACCGACUACGUGUCCACCCGAUGGUAUCGGGCCCCCGAGGUGUUGUUGCAUUCGAUCAAUUACAGCACGCCGAUCGACUUGUGGGCCGUCGGCUGCAUCAUGGCCGAGCUGUACACGUUCAGACCGUUGUUUCCGGGCACGAGCGAGAUCGAUCAAAUAUUCAAAAUAUGCUCGGUCCUAGGCACGCCCGAUAAGAAAGAAUGGUUUGAAGGUUACCAAUUGGCAUCAGCUAUGAGUUUUAAGUUUCCUCAAUUCAAACGAUUGGCUCUUAAUACGGUUGUACCAAAUGCAAGUCGGGAUGGAAUACAUUUAAUGGAAUUACUACUUAGUUGGAAUCCGAUUCGAAGACCAAGCGCACAAAGUGCUUUGAGGCAACCAUACUUCCAAGUAGGACAACUACGUUUGAGUCAGGAUGUAGGAGAGGUGUCCUAUGCUAAGAUUGGCCAACAAAAAAGACAGCCCGUACAACUAAUGAAAUCUCAAAUUUCACUCCUACAAUCAAACAAUAACAAGCAACUGAAAUACGAAAAACAAUGGGAAACGUUGGCGAACAAGCCAAUCGGUAAUAAAGAGAAAACAUGGUACGAUAACGAUGCGGAUGUUAUGGUGUUAAGCAAAAAGAAACUGAGCGCCAAGCAACAUUAUCUAUCAGUGGCCAGAUAUGUAACGGGGAGGGCUUCCAACUUCCAAGCAGCUGAGAAUGAGAAUAUGUCAAAAAGCAUGAGAAAUGACACAUUCCCAUCCGUAAGCAAAGUGUCUUAUGGCCAAGGCGAUAAGAAUAAAAAUAGCAAACGACAUGGAAAAAACGAAUGGACUUCAAAGUACUUGGAGUAAUUUGAGUAAUUAUUAAAAUCAAAAGCUGAAUUUAAUCAAAUUAAAAAAAAAACAAUCAAAAUAAUUUUAUUUUUUGCUUCCUAAGCUCUGCCAUGUACACAAUUAAUUUAUUGUAUAUUAAUAAUAAUAUCACAUAUUGUAAACUUUUAGUUUUUUUUUCAAAUACUAUUUUAAAAAUUUUUAUAUUUUGUGCGUUAAAAAUAUAAUUUGAAUAUUUAUAGUAUUUAGUUUUAUGGGUGAUAAACAUAUUAUUAUAUAUUAGAAAAUUGAAUUGUGAUUUGUGGUUAUGAAUUUUAACUUUAAAGUUAACUGUUCAAUAAUAGCAUGAAUAAGCGAGAACACAUUGUCCACGUAUUCAUUAUUUGUUAAACUCGUAAAUAUUUUAUUUAAAAAUUAAUAUUUUGUGUUUAUUACGAUAAUGAAUAUUGUGAGGUGCAUCAAAAAUACACAAAUUUAAAAUACCUACCUAUUAAGUAUUUACUAUUUACAAAUAAUUAUGAACUACUUUCACACUGUAAACAUUAUAAGUAAUAUGAUAAGUACCUACUAUGAUAUAUUGCUCACGCACCUCCCCACAUUACUCAUCAGUCAUCAGUGUAUACUGUAUAGGUAUAUAAUCGCUAUGUUGGUUGU